AACGAACAACAAACAUCAAUUUGUGAAACUCAAUGUCUCUUCUCCGGCGACGAUUCGUCAAACAAUCAGUUAAUUCCAGAACAUUCCUUCAAUUCCUCGCCGAUAGAUCGUUCUCCACCGUGAAGAUUCCUUCAGGUCGCCGCAAAACCACCGAAUUCGACAAACUUAUCAACGAAGCUGGUAGCUCCGGUGAUUUCGAGACCAUCUCCGCCGCGUUUUGCCUCAGAUCGACGGCGGUUUCUCGCGGAAAAAACGCUUACGACAUUUUAAUCUCUCGUCUCUGCAAGCUCGGCCGCAUCGAAGACGCGUUAAUCGUGAUCGGAGACAUGUCUAACGGUAGAUUAGGCUUAACGCCGUCGACAUUUCACCCGAUUUUGUGCUCGCUCACGAGGAAGAACAAAAUCGAAGAGGCUUGGCGAGUUGUUGAAUCGAUGAGAUCCAAAUCGGUUCCGAUGGAUGUGACAUCGUACAACUACUUCCUUACUUCGCAUUGUUACGACGGCGAAUUGGAAACGGCGAGCGAGGUAAUGCGUAAGAUUGAAGAAGACGGGAUCUCUACGGAUUCGCGUAGCUACGACGCGCUUGUGCUAGGCGCGUGUAAGGCGGGGAAAGUGGAGGCGGCGAUGGCGAUAUUGAGGAGGAUGGAGGAGGAUGGUGUGACUGUGUUGUACUCGACGCAUGCGCACGUUAUAGCGGGGUUGGUGGAGGGAGGCUAUUAUGCGAUGGGUUUGGAGUUUGUGAUGGCUUACGCCGGAAAAGAUUUGGGGUUGGAUAGUGAGAGUUUUGGGUUUUUGGCUGGUAAGCUUGUGAAGAGGAAGAGGUUUGGAGAAGCCAAGAUUGUUGUGAAAGAGAUGGUUUUGAGAGGAUUGAGAAUGGGUGAUGAAUUGAGACAAUUCUAUGAAAGAAAUGUGAGAAACGAUGAUGAUGAAGAAGAUGAUUAUGAUUGAGUUCUUUAGUUUCAAAGAAAGCUUAAUACAAUCAGAGCUUAAUCGAUCACAGCUUAUGCUUAAAGAUUCGAGUUGUGGUGCAGAGAAACAGACGAAGAACAAUGAGAGUAUACAGAGAUACGAGAUUGUUUACUUUAGUCUAUUUGUCCCCGAGUUUUCUUGAGAUGUUGAAUUGAACAGAGUGAAUCAAGGAAGCUUCAGAUGAAGAAACUACCUUGUGCUAUUUUAAUCAAACUCAAAACGUGCU